GGCCCCGGGCGGCCGUGCAGGGAUGGCUGCGGCGGGCGGCGGGGCGGCGGCGGGCCGAGCCUACUCCUUCAAGGUGGUGCUGCUCGGGGAAGGCUGCGUGGGGAAGACGUCGCUGGUGCUGCGCUACUGCGAGAACAAGUUCAACGACAAGCACAUCACCACCCUGCAGGCAUCUUUCUUAACAAAGAAGUUAAAUAUUGGUGGAAAAAGAGUAAACCUUGCCAUAUGGGAUACAGCAGGUCAAGAGAGAUUCCAUGCAUUGGGUCCAAUUUACUACCGAGAUUCGAACGGAGCUAUUUUAGUUUAUGAUAUAACGGAUGAAGAUUCCUUUCAGAAGGUGAAAAACUGGGUCAAAGAACUAAGGAAAAUGUUGGGAAAUGAAAUCUGUUUGUGUAUAGUUGGUAAUAAAAUAGACUUGGAAAAGGAGAGACACGUUUCCAUCCAAGAAGCAGAGUCGUAUGCAGAUUCUGUGGGAGCAAAACAUUAUCAUACUUCUGCUAAACAAAACAAAGGAAUUGAGGAACUCUUCCUUGAUCUCUGUAAAAGAAUGAUAGAGACAGCGCAGGUGGAUGAGAGGGUGAAAGGCAACGGCGCUAGUCAGGCGGGAGCUGCUAGGCGAGGCGUGCAGAUUGUUGACGACGAACCUCAAGCUCAGAGCGGUAGUGGAGGGUGCUGCUCUUCUGGAUAACUGCUCACGUGUGAAACUCAAACAAUACAGAACUGUGGAUCAUUGCCCUCAACGUGAAGACUGCCAUAUUCCAAGUCACAUCAUUUUACCAAUGGAGUUAUAGAAUUAACAGUAUUUUAAAUUACGUUUAUAACACUGCAGAGACCUUAAGUGCUAAACUUAGUGGAGUUUGUGACCAGAGAAUUGGCAUUUUCUACAAAUGUUAACAAAGCAAUUACCAAUGGCCUUUUUACAUAUUUUUUUUCUUUAAUGAGGAAUAAUAUGCAUGUAGAAAAGACCUACUUAAAGGCUUCAUUUAUAUUCUUUUAAAUCAGAUCUUUAUUUAAUAACUUAUAUAUGAUGUUGGAAUGGUAUACAUUUUUGCAGUCCUUUGUAUUUUGUGGUAGUUUGAAUUGUAUCACUUCUAAACAGCAUACUGUUUUUUGUUUUUGUUUUUGAUUAGCAGAUACCUGAAGUUCUAUUUUUGCAGGGUUUGCACAGGCCCCUAACUGUCUACUACUUUGAUAUAAUCUAUAAACAUCCUGUAUGCUGAGCUGGUAAAAUACAUUGUAAAUUACAUAUUAAAUAUUUUAUCUGCUUUUACAAGCGCAAGGUGCAAAAAUAUAUACAAUUGUCUUAUUGGUGACGGUAAAGUGAAUUAGCCGUUGGUGACGAUACCCUAAGCUUUUUGACUCUGUUACAACGAUCAUCACCCUCCUUCACUUUGUCUUAACGUGAAAGUGGCGUGUUUAAAUUUACACAUACUUUACUUGAAUUAUUACCGUUGUCACUUUUUUCCUUUUUCCUUUUUUUUUUUUUUUUUUUUUUUUUUGCCUCUGUAAGUCCCAGUGAUCAAAAGCAGCAUUUGCCUUUUUAUUCUUAUUAUUACACAAGAUUUCUUCUGCCAGUUUUGUUUUAGAACGGUUACCUUAGAAGAAUUUGAGUGGAGCUUGCCAAGUUUCACUUCUGCAGCAACUUGAGUUCCUGAUAGGGCUUUCCAUGAGAUGGACUCACUGGCCUGAGAAGCGUGUCUCCCGGAAUAGCCAUUGACCAAGGCUUAUUUAUAUAAGAUGUUGAGUGGAGAAUUAUGCCUCCAAGGCAGCACUUCUGGACUCCUUAUGAGGAUGUUUUAUUGGUCAUUGCUUGUCGGAAAUGAAUAUAGAAAGCUGUAUUUCCUUUUAUAAGAGUUAUCUCAGUUUCUGUGGGAAGAAGCAUUUUGUAAUGCAGUUACAGCAACACUGGAGAGAUUUAUUAUAAAAUCAUAUUCUUGUUUAUCUUGUAACUUGUCCCACAUUGGAUUUUUUUCCUUUAGCAUUGGACUGAAAUUUGUUCAUUUGAAAAAAGAAUCAGGCACUGCUCACAGAAGAGACAGAUUGUAGAAAUUAACAUAAAUUGUUCUAAUAUAUAUAUUUUCCCAUUUCUGUCAUGCUUGGAAAACUAGUAAAUGUUGUGUGUAAGAUAA